AGCUCCGGAAGCUUCUAGGUGCCUAACUACUCUGACUUUUGCCCCUUGACCCUGCUCUCGCGGUGGGGCGAGAGGUCGGGUGGCCAUCUUGUGGCGGCGGCGCGGGCGGCUGUUACUGCGGAGACCCAUCCCCUCCCCCCAACCAUCAUCCGGGCGGUCUGUCAGUAAAGAGUCUGGCAGUCUGUCUGGUGAAGCCUUGGCCUUGUGCCGUUGCUUUUUCAGCCGCACUGGGCGGCCCAGGCCGCUCCCUGCCGGCCUUCAGCACCGCCACCAUGUCCUCCUUCUCGGAGUCAGCUCUAGAGAAGAAGCUGUCGGAGCUGAGCAACUCUCAGCAGAGCGUGCAGACGCUCUCCUUGUGGCUCAUUCACCACCGCAAGCACGCGGGGCCCAUCGUCUCCGUGUGGCACCGCGAGCUCCGCAAAGCCAAAUCAAAUAGAAAGCUUACUUUUCUAUACUUAGCAAAUGAUGUCAUUCAAAAUAGUAAAAGGAAAGGACCGGAAUUCACUAGAGAAUUUGAAUCUGUCCUUGUGGACGCUUUCUCUCAUGUUGCCAGAGAGGCAGAUGAAGGCUGUAAAAAACCUUUAGAAAGAUUGCUGAACAUCUGGCAAGAAAGAAGUGUGUAUGGCGGCGAGUUCAUACAGCAACUGAAGCUGUCUAUGGAGGACUCCAAGAGCCCUCCCCCCAAAGUAACAGAAGAGAAGAAGUCUCUGAAGCGAACUUUUCAGCAGAUACAAGAGGAAGAGGAUGACGACUAUCCUGGAAGUUACUCCCCCCAGGAUCCUUCUGCAGGACCCCUCUUGACUGAGGAACUAAUCAAAGCUUUGCAGGAUCUGGAAAAUGCCGCAUCAGGGGAUGCUACUGUCCGACAGAAAAUUGCUUCUCUGCCCCAGGAAGUGCAAGAUGUUUCUCUAUUGGAAAAAAUAACAGACAAAGAGGCAGCUGAGCGUCUUUCAAAAACGGUGGAUGAAGCAUGUCUGUUACUAGCAGAGUACAACGGGCGCCUGGCGGCAGAGCUGGAGGACCGGCGCCAGCUGGCUCGGAUGUUGGUGGAGUACACCCAGAACCAGAAAGAUGUUUUGUCAGAAAAGGAGAAAAAACUAGAAGAAUAUAAACAGAAGCUGGCUCGGGUAACCCAGGUCCGCAAGGAACUGAAGUCCCACAUUCAGAGCUUGCCAGACCUCUCACUGCUACCCAACGUCACAGGGGGUUUGGCCCCCCUGCCCUCUGCUGGUGACCUGUUUUCCACUGACUAGGAUAGGUGUCUGGCCCCAGAUCGCCAGCUGUACCAGCAGAAGGAAGAGGGCUCAAGUCAUGGUUGGAAAUAACCUUCUGGCCCCCGGUUCUGCCCCUGCUUCCACCCGGCCCCCAGCCUUGAGAAGAACCACCGAACUCACUCUCCUGUCCGGCCUCUCAUCUGGAGCACCGUUCAGAGCAGUGGCGAAUGGGACCGGUUCCCACGCACAUUUGGAAAGAACACAGAUUCUGUCCUCCUUCAUGUUUUCGUGCCCCUGCUGGUUUUCUAUUUUUAACUCUCUUUUUACACCCAUGAAGUUGGAAAAUCAUGUGUACCUCUGGAGCUUUCAAGGAAUAUUUGUCCCUCAGGACA